AUGAAGAUGGUGGAUGAGGAGCAGGAUGGUGGGUACGAUGUUCUGGAGCAGGAGGGGGAGGAAGAGGAGGAUGAGGGAGAGAAGGCACUGCUGGAACAGGAGGAGGAGGAACAGGUCCUGGUCCCGUGUCCUCUGACAGAGGAAAACCUGAAGGAGGGCCUCUCUCUCCUGUGUAAAACUGGCAAUGGCCUGGCUCACGCCUAUGUGAAGUUUGAAGCGAAGGAGAAGCACCUGACAGACAUUAGCCUCCUCCAACGCUACAUUCACCUGCGGUAUGUGGAUUUGUCAGAGAACAAGCUGCGAGACUUGUCUCCACUGAGCAGCCUAACUCACCUGCUUUGGCUGAAGGUGGAUGGGAAUCUCCUUACCAGUGCCUGCAUGCAGGAACUGCCCUACCUACAAAUCAUCAGCUUUGCUCACAACCGUAUCAAGGAUAUGGAGGGCAUUUCUCACCCCCGCUUAGUCAACCUCAGCCUUAAAGGAAAUAAAAUCAAGACAGCGCUAGGCCUGAGUCAAGGACAGUUGUUCAGCCUGCACAUCCUGGAGCUGCGAGGAAACAAGCUAGAGAGCACAGCAGGACUAAACCUUCCCAAGCUCAAGAACCUGUAUCUGGCCCAGAAUGCCAUUAGCAGCCUUGAAGGCCUUGAGGGCCUAGGACAGCUCACAACUCUGCAUCUGCGUGACAACCAGCUUGAAACCCUGGAUGGAUUCUGUAGUACCAUGAAGUGCCUGCAGUACCUGAAUCUACGGAAUAAUGGGAUCAAUAGCCUUCAGGAGGUGGCAAAGCUACAGGUGCUCCCCAUGCUGCGGGCACUGGUGUUGUUGGACAAUCCAUGCUCUGAUGAGGCCGAUUACCGGGUGGAGGUCCUGGUCCUGCUGCCCCACUUGGAGCGCCUUGACAAAGAAUUCUUUGAGGAAGAUGAGCGGGCAGAGGCAAAAAAAAUCCGUCAGCAAAGGCAGGAGGAAGAACAGGAAAUGGAGGGAUCUGCUGACAGUGACAUGACUGAGUGACCCUUGGUUUUACCACCUGUUCCCCGAGCCCCUCGUGAUAUGGAGAUGCCCUCCCACUGCUGGCAUGUGUGGCAGGGAAAGCAAGAGUGCCAGGUGUCUGCAUGUGCCAGACCCACCUUCACCUUUUUGCCUGGAGAAAGGAGGAGGGUUACUCGCCCUGGUCCUGGAAGCUGUGCUGAGGAACUACAAGGCUCUUGCAGUCACUGCACACACACUCUACUUUCAAUAGGCGCCUGGGGAAAAGUGGAGACUUGUAGGUUGUAUGGUUUUAUUUAUGUCUCCCAGAACU